ACUUAAUGUGACGACUGGAUGUUCGUAAUAUGAGACCACGGUCAACAAUGAAAUUAUACGUGGUGCUCUCCAUCUCCUUCAGCUGGGCAUUCUGCCAGAUAACCCCUCCCACAUACCAGCACCGCGACCCCGUGACCUCUGAGGUGUACCUGUGCAAGCAGUGCCCGCCCGGCACGGCGGUCCGGCGGCAUUGCGAUGCCAACACCCCCACGGCGUGCGUCCCCUGCCCCGAGGGAUACUUCUCUGAGCAGUGGCACUGGGGCCAGGCCUGCCAGCGCUGCACCUCGGUCUGCAAAGAGGGGCAGCUGGUCCGGUGGGGAUGCAACGGAACCCACGACCAGCUGUGCGAGUGCGUCCAAGGGUACCACCUGGAGGUGGAGUUCUGCGUCAGGCACAGCACCUGCCCGCCUGGCUGGGGAGCGACCGUUCUGGGUUCAUCAUUGAGUGACACAGUGUGUGGAAAGUGUCCAAAAGGCUUCUUCUCAAGCAGUUUUUCAGCGACAGAGCCCUGUUUCCCACACAGAAACUGCAGUGAGCUGGGAAAGAAGACUUUCCAUCCUGGGACAGCCAAUCAAAACAGUGUGUGUGAGGGUGAGGACAGGGGCCCCACCCUUGAGUGUUUUCAGCAGCACCUGCAAUGUCAGACAGAUAUCAUGCUGUGUGAAGAAGUCAUCUUGCAGUUCCUGGCUUCAAUUCACUUUCUGUCCACACUGCCCCUGGACACUGUGACGGACAGUUUGCCAGGCAGGAAGGUGGACAGGAGCAGUGUGGAACAAAUUAAGAAAGAAUGCAGCCCCAAGCAGCAGGUUCUGCAGCUGUUCAGGCUGUGGAGACAGCAGAACAGGGACCGAGAGAGGCUCUUUGGGAUCAUCCAAGGUGUGAACCAUUGUUCGAGGAUGGUGUCCAGAUGUGUUGGCCUCAAGAACCUCACCCUAAGCCACCUGAAGGUGGUGAUGGAAGGCCUGCCAGGGCUCAAGGUAAGGGAGGAGGAUAUCCAGGAGGUGAUGGACUCCUGUCAGCCCCGGCAGUACCUCCUCAAGCUGCUGCAGCUGUGGAAGAUCCAUAAUGGGGAACGGGACCUGGCCAAGGGACUGUCACACAGCCUGCGAGAGCUCCGUGCCAAAGGCAUCUCACAUCAGCUCCUCAGAGUCAUUAGGAGCCUCAGCAGGCUGUUCAGUACCUCUUCCAUACACAAGCUCUAUAAGAAAAUGUUACUAAAUCUCUUUCUGGACGGUACAUGCUUUACAUCAGAAUCAUACGAUGACUAG